AUGGAUGACAUAGCAUUCAGUGAAUUCCCACUAAAACACUUCAAGGCGACUCAAACUGCGCGCGGAAAACCAACUUUACAUCAACACUUCAUACAAAAAUUAACCCCUCAGGCGUACAACAUCCGCAACCACCCGUGCUGCCAGGAGCCGCCGUCGGGAGAGAACAUCACGCUGGCGAUGAUCAUCGACGCGUACGAGAUCUACGGCCACGACCCCACGGACAAGCUGGACCAUCUGGCGCACUACCAGCUCGAGAUGAUGAAGGUCAAGCGGGCGCCGGACCAGUACAUAAUAAAUGAACACGUCCAUAUAGCAACGGACCACCUCGGCAGAUUCAUUCAAAUGCACAUUAAGGAGUUAAAGGUGCUGCUAAUAGCGUUAGACGACGCCAUAGACAACAUGCUGACAAUGUACGACAACCACGACGCCAUCAAAGCGGCGCGGGUUUCCACGUACAACACGGCUGUGGGAGGCUCCGUGCCUAUGGAGUUCUAUUUGAGCCAAGAAUAUUACUGCGGCAAGAACGUCUACCUCUUUGUGUCAGAGAUCUACAGCGACAUCUACAACAUGGGGAAAGGGCCUGCGCCUUAUUGCAAGGACAGAGGGUUCCAUUUCCUGGGUUUUGUUCACUAUAUGGACGACACCACUUAUUUCGUUGAAGAAGACCCGACGCUGGUGUUUCAGAUGGACAAUUUUGUGCACGGGCUGGAGUGCCAUCUCGGCGUUUGUAUUUAUAGAUUCCCUUUCAAGAAAUCCCUGCAACAUCUCCGCGACGUUGCCACUCUUCCUAAAGCCAUAGUGAAGUGCGGCAACACCCUGUACAAGCUGCCGCCGCUGACAACUGUCUCGUGCAUUGUGACUUCGGGCUCCUUCAUACUGGACUUCAACAUACAGGGGCUGAGAUUCCGCCACCACGAGUAUAUGCUGUUCCUGCCCACGGGCCACGUGUACUACACAAAGGAGCCGCAGUCCCCAUUGGCCUGCGAUCACCAUGUGUGCGAGUGGAACAACACCAACUUCUACGGAGGUCCGUUCAUAAUCCCCGGCGACCCGGGCUCGGGGCUGGCGCCCGUGCCGCCCUUCAUGGAGCGCCAGACGGAGCCGCCCGCGCCCGCCGGCGCCGACACCGAGGAGCCGCCGCCGUUCAACCCGAAUACUACUUACUCGCUGGACGGCUGCUGGUUCAUGUACCCGCCGAACUACGGCUCCAUCGCGGGCGUCAGCUACCUCGACCCGCUCACCGUGCACGAGACGCGGUUCACGUGCAACGGAAAUGGUGGAAACAAGGGUCUCUACUGGUACCCGCAAUGGAUGGGUGCCCCACCGCACCACCCGUACCUACAGGCUGGGCAGCAGAUGGAAGGCGUGGGACACCCCGGCGAGCGGCUGCAGAGCGAGGGCAACGCGCCCACUGACGCGUAGAGUUAGGGAAUAAAUAGUUUUAUAAAGUU